CAGACAGACAGAUCCAGCAAGAGAUUGGCAUCAGCCACCCUCUGCACAGACUGAAGCUGCGGCUGGCCAUCCAGGAAACCCUGUGGCUCACCAGCCCUUCGGCUCCACCCACAUUGAAAAAGACCACAGGAAAUGUCUGGUUAACACAUGAAGAGAUGGAAACACUCGCAGCCACAUCUCAGAUGGUCAGUCAGCCCUGCAGCUCAUGUUCCAAAGUGGGUUUCCUACUCCAGACCAAAGGGCCCUUUGUCUUUUGUUGAAAACAAAAGUUAAUUUGCAUUUGUUUCAAAUAUAAUGUGUUCUUUUUAGGUUAUUAGCUCAUAGCGUAUAGUCGUAUUUGCAUUUUUUAGAUUUUUACAAGAAUUUAGUUUAUAGAUUUGCCCCAUUUAGAGAAGAUGUAAUUUGCUUCUCCUUUUGGAGAGACCUCCAUUGAGCACUGCGUUGUGGUUGUCUAACGCCAACAGUCUACUGUAUGAGGAAGAUGAGGAGGGAAGCUGGAUAAGACACUUGCAUAUGGGGACAUGGACCACGAGUGGAUUGGCAAUGAGUGGCUGCCCAGCCUGGGCCUACCUCAGUACCGAAGCUAUUUCAUGGAGUGCCUUGUGGAUGCUCGGAUGCUGAACCACCUGACCAAGAAAGACCUGCGGGGGCGGCUGAAAAUGGUUGACAGUUUUCACAGGAACAGCUUCCAGUGUGGACUUAUGUGCCUGAAAAGGUUAAAUUAUGAUCGGAAAGAACUGGAAAGAAGAAGAGAAGAAAGUCAGGAUGUAGUUAAAGAUGUGCUUGUUUGGAGCAAUGAUCGAGUGAUUCGCUGGGUCAUAUCCAUUGGCCUUAAAGAAUAUGCAAACAACCUCAUAGAGAGUGGGGUUCAUGGCGCACAGCUGGCCUUAGAUGAAGCCUUCGAUUACAACACAUUGGCCCUGUUGUUACAGAUCCCGACAGAGAACAGAAAGGCUCGAAAUGUCUUGGACAAAGAAUUUGCCGACCUUUUGGUCCUUGGGACUGUCAGACGUUUUGAUGUCGAGGAUGACAAACACUUUAGGAGAGCACCUUCAUGGAGAGAGAAGGUUAGAGAAAAGGCCAUUCACGGUGUGGCAACUGGGUCAUCAGAGACACUCCCUGCAAACUUCCGAGUCUCUUCUUCCAAGUCUUCCCGCUCUGUGCAGCCCAAUGAGAUCCAGAUGGAUGGCAGUGUAUCAGAAACACAGAAGUUGGAUUCUGCGACAACCAGGACUUCCUCCCGUUAAGCCUCCUGUUGUUUUCCUGCACUACUUCUACAGAUGAUGUGCAGCAUUUGGAAUCCAACAGAGACUACAUUUUUUAAUUCAGUCGAAUCGCUAUCUGUUAAUACUUGUUAUAUGGAUAUUUUAUAACAGAGUUUUUAAUUAAUAAAAAAUUCAUCAAUAACAUAGAGAAAAUAUUUUAGAAUUUAAUGUUUCUUCUAUUUUUGUAAACUUAGGACUUUUCAUUUAUAUAGUUACUUACUUUUUCAUCUAUGUUUAGAUAUCUCUGGAAGCAAUUCAUGUUCUUAUAUCUAAUUUUAGUCUUUCAAAUGAAUGUACUGUAGUGCUUGUAUGUAUAAACCCUAUGAACAAAUACAUGGCUUUUGUAAAUUGUGCACAUAUUGUAAUUAUUACUAUUUAACUUUUUAAUGAUAAGCCAUCCCUGAAAAAAUUAGUUUACUACACUUUUUUUUGUCUUUUUUGUUACUUUUUUUUUUUUUUUUUUGGUCUUUUUCCUUUUUAUUGGUACCAGGGAUCGAACUCACGACUGCCUGCUUCCAAGGCAGGUGCUUAUGCCGCUGAGCUAAAUCCCCAGCCCCUUUUUUUGUCUUUUUUGUUUUUAUCGGCACUAGGGAUCAAACUCAGGACUGCCUGCUUGCAAGGCAGGUGCUUAUGCCACUGAGCUAAAUCCCCAGCCCAGUUUACUACAUUUAUAAAAUUGUUGUGACAUAAGCAAUGUGCAUUAUCCUUCACCUUGCUCUACAUCAGUCAUUUUAAAAUCAGGAGACUUCAUUCCAAGCAGUUGUCAUAUUUUGAGGUUGACUGACCUUAACUGUUCUUUUUUUAGCAAGAAAUCAGAGUCUAAUAAAGUCGGGACUGAACCGUUGCACCAGAGCACUAUAGAACUUUCUUAGCACUGGUUCCCUUUUCCCCAUCCUGUCUCUGGACUUGGGGAGCUUGUCUUCAGAGACUUGACCAGAAGCCAUGAGCUUGGAGCUGCUCUCAGCAGGGCUGGAGUGGCCAGGGGUGGACCCCAGCCUGGCACCUUCCCUGCCUCUUUCCUGUGAGCAUGUGGAAGGUGCCUCCAGCUAUUCUUAGAGGACCAAUCACUGAGCACUGUGCUCACAUCUCACAGACAUUGGUGCAUGAGCAGAUGAGAGCAGGAAACCCUGAAAAUAAAGUUGUACAACUCUAACUAAUCAAGGCCUUAUUUUUCAUAUGUCAGUCACCUUUUUACAUUGGUUUAUAAACAUGUUUCAACUAGUCAUACAUUUUUAGAUUUUGAUGACAUAGCCAUUUUGGAUUGAACAAGUAGCAAAAGCAACUUGCUUUUCACUGGCAUAUUAAAAAGCCAGCAAGGAAGGAGUCAGAUCAGGGUGCAUGUUAUUUAUUGUGCAACUGAUACAUGGGUAGAGGCAGCAUGCCUUUUUAAUUUAGUUUAUGCAGGGGCUGGGGAUUUAGCUCAGCGGCAUAAGCGCCUGCCUUGCAAGCAGGCCGUCGUGAGUUCGAUCCCUGGUACCGAUAAAAACGAAAAAGACAAAAAAAAAAAAAAAAAGCAAAAAAAAUAAUUUGGUUUAUGCAUACAAUUCACUUAUACAAUCCAUAUUACUGCCCUUUUUCUAUUAAUUUUUGUGGAAUUUUCUGAGUAUGUAACAAAGUAUACAGUCAUAUACAUAUAUAUACUUUUGAACUAUUUUAAUCACAGUAUUAUUUAUUGCUUUCUUUCAAUAAAGUUCUGAAUCAUUUUUCACUGCCAA